AUGCCGAACCGGCGCAUGUCUAUGCGGUUGGCCACGAUUGUUGAAGCGUCACCUCCGUCCCGCUCGCCGAAAAAGCCCCCGCGUCGUAUGUCGCUAGGCGUCAACAUACCGGUUGACCAGCGGCCGCCUCGCAAGGCGCCCAAAGAAGCGGACCAAUGUACGAGUUUCAACAUCGGGACCAUGGCCAAGCCCCUGAAUCCAGUUACGCCUGCCUCUGAAUGGCGGCGGAAGUCAUUAGAUUUUGGGAAAAGUACUAUGCUACAAAAAACACUACAUGCUCGCCGGCAGAGCUUGCCAUGUCGAAGUAGGGAGAUGAAGGAAAUUAGAACAACAGCUAUUACAAACCCUACAAACGACCGUGCUGCACGACGCAAAGGAACAUCCAAAGGGGACCAACGCAUUCCAAGCUAUGCCCGACCGACAGCGUCAUCUCUACGCCACCGCCGAACCUAA